GUAGGUGCACGCUGGGGCUUGUGGCAGCCCCAGCCCGUGUGUGGGAGCGAGGCCCAUGGCCACCGGGCAAGAAGCCUGGCCCUCACCCAGACCCACCCUCAUAGCUUCCUGGAGGCUCCUCUGUAACUCUUUGCCUUCUUGAGAGGAGCAGGGUGCUCUGGAAGGCGAUUCCUUGGGGGCCAGGGUUGAGGGUGUCUGUGUCAGAGGGGCAGGAAAAGAGGAAAGAGGUGUUUUCUAUCAGACUCUUGGGCCAGAGCUAGAGGUGUAAAAUGGGUACAAGGCUGGUGUCACAAGCUCCCCUGGGGGGGGCGGGCAGUGGCUGUGAGGCCCCAGUUACUGGCAGGCAGCCCUGAUCCUGGGGCCUGGCUGCCAGCUUCUGCCUGGGCUGGCAUAGAGGACAACCAGUUGGCCUCUUGUUCUCUGAGCUGGCUGGGCACAACGUGUCAGGAGCCAUGGCCUUGAGGGCAGGUAACCAGAGCCAGGCUACACGGAAUGGGCUGAAGGAGAAGGUGCUGACACUGGACACCAUGAACCCGUGCGUGCGGAGGGUGGAGUAUGCGGUGCGCGGCCCCAUAGUGCUUCGUGCCUUGGAGCUGGAGCAGGAACUGCACCAGGGUGUGAAGAAGCCCUUCACGGAGGUCAUCCGUGCUAAUAUCGGGGACGCACAGGCCAUGGGACAGAAACCCAUCACCUUCCUGCGCCAGGUCCUGGCCCUCUGUGUAAACCCGGAUCUCCUGAGCAGCCCCAACUUCCCUGACGAUGCCAAGAAAAGGGCGGAGCGCAUCUUGCAGGUGUGCGGGGGCCACAGUCUGGGGGCCUACAGUAUCAGCUCUGGCAUCCAGCUGAUUCGCGAGGACGUGGCUCAAUACAUCGAGAGGCGCGAUGGAGGCAUCCCCGCGGACCCCAAGAACAUCUUCCUGUCUACGGGGGCCAGCGACGCUAUCGUGACGGUGCUGAAGCUGCUGGUGGCUGGCGAGGGCCACACGCGCACAGGUGUGCUCAUUCCCAUCCCCCAGUACCCGCUCUACUCCGCCGCGCUGGCCGAGCUCGACGCUGUGCAGGUGGACUACUACCUGGACGAGGAGCACGCCUGGGCGCUCGACGUGGCCGAACUGCGGCGCGCAGUGCGUCAGGCACGUGACCACUGCCGCCCGCGCGCGCUCUGCGUUAUCAACCCUGGCAACCCCACCGGGCAGGUGCAGACCCGCGAGUGCAUUGAAGCUGUGAUCCGCUUCGCCUUCGAAGAGCGGCUCUUUCUGUUGGCUGAUGAGGUGUACCAGGACAACGUAUACGCCGAGGGUUCGCACUUCCACUCGUUCAAGAAGGUGCUCACGGAGAUGGGGCCGCCCUACGCCGGGCAGCAGGAGCUCGCCUCCUUCCACUCUGCCUCCAAGGGCUACAUGGGCGAGUGCGGGUUCCGCGGUGGCUACGUGGAGGUGGUGAACAUGGACGCCGCGGUGCAGCAGCAGAUGGUGAAGCUGAUGAGCGUGCGGCUGUGCCCGCCAGUGCCGGGCCAGGCCCUGCUCGACUUGGUGGUCAGCCCACCCGCACCCUCCGACCCCUCCUUUGCGCAGUUCCAAGCGGAAAAGCAGGCUGUGCUCGCGGAGCUGGCGGCCAAGGCCAAGCUCACCGAGCAGGUCUUCAACGAGGCUCCCGGCAUCCGCUGCAACCCGGUGCAAGGUGCCAUGUACUCCUUCCCGCGCAUGCAGCUGCCCCCGCGCGCCGUGCAGCGCGCUCAGGAGCUGGGCCUGGCCCCUGACAUGUUCUUCUGCCUGCGGCUCUUGGAGGAAACCGGCAUCUGCGUAGUGCCUGGGAGCGGCUUCGGACAGCGGGAAGGCACCUACCACUUCCGGAUGACCAUUCUGCCCCCCAUGGAGAAGCUGCGGCCGCUGCUGGAGAAGCUGAGCGGGUUCCACGCCAAGUUCACCCGCGAGUACUCCUGAGUACCCUAGCUGGGCCGCCCCUGGACUGACUGCUCAGGGCCCUGGGGGGUUCUGGAACCCUCUGGACUUGCCUUUGCUGCCUACGGGGCUGGGCCCCUGCGUCUCUGCAGGUCCCUAAUAAAGCUGUGAUGGUCUGACUCUUUGGAGGCAGCUGCAU